AUGAACUCUGCCGCCAGACUUUUCUCUUCGUCCCUACCCCUUCGCCGCGUGCCAAUUGCAUCUGUUCGCGCUUCUCCAUCCCGAUUUGCUCCGUCCUUUGGUGCCGUCCGCACUUUCUCCAUCUCAGCACGCAAUAUGGCUGCCGCACGAAAGAUCAAGGUCAAGAAUCCGGUUGUGGAACUCGACGGUGAUGAGAUGACCCGCAUUAUCUGGCAGACUAUCAAGGACAAGUUCAUCUAUCCUUACCUUGAUAUCGACCUCAAGUAUUAUGAUCUGGGUUUGGAAUACCGUGACGAGACCAACGACCAGGUCACCAUUGAUGCAGCCGAGGCUAUCAAGAAGUACUCUGUCGGCGUCAAGUGUGCCACCAUCACACCCGACGAGGCUCGAGUUGAGGAGUUUAAGCUGAAGCAGAUGUGGCUGUCCCCCAACGGCACCAUCCGAAACGCUCUGGGCGGCACUGUCUUCCGUGAGCCCAUUGUCAUUCCUCGCAUCCCCCGUCUGGUUCCCGGCUGGGAGAAGCCCAUCAUCAUUGGUCGUCAUGCCUUUGGUGACCAGUACCGUGCCAAAGAUCUUGUUGCCCCCGGGCCCGGCAAGCUCUCCAUGGUUUUCACCCCCGAGGGUGGCGAGCCCCAGGAGAUUGAAGUCUUCCAGUUCAAGAACGGCGGCGGCGUUGCCCAGACCCAGUACAACACUGACGAGUCCAUCACUGGUUUCGCCCACGCUUCUUUCAAGCUGGCCAUUGACAAGGGUCUGCCUCUGUACAUGAGCACCAAGAACACCAUCCUUAAGAAGUACGAUGGUCGAUUCAAGGACAUCUUCCAGGAGCUCUACGACACCCAGUACAAGAAACAAUUCGAGGCCAAGAAGAUCUGGUACGAGCACCGUCUUAUCGACGACAUGGUUGCCCAGAUGGUCAAGAGCAAGGGUGGCUACAUCAUGGCUCUGAAGAACUACGACGGUGACGUCCAGUCAGACAUUGUCGCCCAGGGCUUCGGCUCUCUCGGCCUCAUGACCUCCGUCCUCAUCACCCCUGACGGCAAGACAUUCGAAUCUGAAGCCGCCCACGGCACCGUGACCCGCCACUACCGCGAGCACCAGAAGGGCAAUGAAACCUCCACCAACCCCAUUGCCUCCAUCUUCGCCUGGACCCGCGGUCUCGUCCAGCGCGGCAAGCUCGAUGACACCCCCGAGCUGGUCGCCUUCGCCGAGAGCCUCGAGCAAGCCUGCAUCGACACCGUCGACAAGGACGGCAUCAUGACCAAGGAUUUGGCCCUGGCUUGUGGCAAGAACGAGCGCUCCGACUACGUCACCACCAACGAGUACCUCAAUGCCGUUGAGCGCCGCAUGAAGAACAUUCUGAAGGAGAAGUUGUAA